GCGGAUCCAAAAUGGCGGCAGUUGCAGUGGCCCAGCAGUAAAACCGAGCAGCCAGUGAAUGAAGUCAGCUGAUCGCAGUCUGCUGUCACGCAGUGAGCAGUCGUCGUUUCUCUUCCUCAGACAGCAAAGCAACGCUUCACCACCGGACGUUAGCCUAAUAAUCAGGAGAAGAUGGACAUGUCCAAGCUGCCCAAGAUCAGGGAUGAGGAGAAGGAGAGCGAGUUUGGAUACGUUCAUGGAGUCUCCGGACCAGUGGUGACGGCUACAGCCAUGGCCGGAGCAGCUAUGUACGAGCUGGUCCGUGUCGGCCACAGUGAGCUGGUGGGAGAGAUUAUCAGGCUGGAGGGCGACAUGGCCACCAUCCAGGUCUACGAGGAGACGUCCGGUGUGUCUGUAGGAGACCCUGUGUUGCGGACGGGGAAACCCCUUUCUGUGGAGUUGGGUCCAGGAAUCAUGGGCUCCAUCUUUGAUGGUAUCCAGCGACCACUAAAGGACAUCAAUGACAUCACACAGAGCAUCUACAUCCCCAGAGGUGUAAACAUCGGAGCCCUGAACCGAGACCUCAAGUGGGAGUUUACUCCCGUCAAGAGCCUGCGGGUCGGCAGUCACAUCACAGGAGGAGACAUCUAUGGCGUGGUGUACGAGAACUCCCUCAUCAAGCACAAGAUCAUGCUGCCUCCCAGAAACAGAGGCACUGUGACCUACGUGGCUCCACCUGGAAACUACGACGUCUCCGACGUGGUGAUGGAGCUGGAGUUUGAGGGGGUGAAGGAGAAGUUCACCAUGGUGCAGGUGUGGCCCGUCAGACAAAUUCGACCCGUCACAGAGAAGCUGCCCGCCAAUCACCCGCUGCUGACCGGACAGAGAGUGCUGGACGCCCUUUUCCCAUGUGUGCAGGGAGGAACCACAGCCAUCCCAGGAGCCUUCGGCUGUGGAAAGACUGUCAUCUCUCAGUCCCUGUCCAAGUACUCCAACAGUGAUGUCAUCGUCUACGUAGGCUGCGGUGAGCGUGGUAACGAGAUGUCAGAAGUACUGCGAGACUUCCCUGAGCUGACCAUGGAGGUGGACGGGAAGACGGAGAGCAUCAUGAAGAGAACAGCGCUGGUGGCCAACACCUCCAACAUGCCUGUAGCGGCCAGAGAGGCCUCCAUCUACACAGGAAUCACGCUGUCCGAGUACUUCAGAGACAUGGGAUACAACGUGAGCAUGAUGGCCGACUCCACCUCCCGUUGGGCCGAGGCUCUCAGGGAGAUUUCUGGCCGUCUGGCUGAGAUGCCUGCUGACAGUGGUUAUCCUGCCUACCUGGGCGCCCGUCUGGCCUCCUUCUAUGAGCGUGCUGGCAGGGUGAAGUGUCUGGGCAACCCUGAGAGGGAGGGCAGCGUCAGUAUUGUAGGAGCUGUGUCGCCUCCUGGUGGUGACUUCUCUGACCCCGUCACUUCAGCCACCCUUGGUAUUGUGCAGGUGUUCUGGGGUUUGGAUAAGAAGCUGGCUCAGAGGAAGCACUUCCCUUCAGUGAACUGGCUGAUCAGCUACAGCAAAUACACUCGUGCUCUGGAUGAGUACUACGACAAGCACUCCGAGUUUGUGCCCCUGCGUACCAAGGCCAAAGAGAUCCUGCAGGAGGAGGAGGACCUGGCUGAGAUUGUACAGCUCGUCGGAAAGGCAUCACUGGCAGAAACGGAUAAAAUCACCCUGGAGGUGGCCAAACUGAUCAAAGACGACUUCCUGCAGCAGAACGGUUACACACCUUAUGACAGGUUCUGUCCCUUCUAUAAGACAGUGGGCAUCCUCUCCAACAUGAUCUCCUUCUACGACAUGGCACGGCACGCAGUGGAGACAACAGCUCAGAGCGACAACAAGAUCACUUGGGCCAUGAUCAAGGAGCACAUGGGAGAAAUCCUCUACAGGAUCAGCUCAAUGAAAUUUAAGGACCCGGUGAAGGAAGGCGAGGCUAAGAUCAAGGCCGAGUACGCUCAGCUAGUGGAGGACAUGCAGAACGCCUUCCGCACAUUGGAAGAAUAGGCUGCCAGCUCUCACAGCCUCUCCGGUUUUCAUCUCUGACCCCUCCACUGCAGAAUCACAUUCCGCCUCCUUGUAUCCCCAAAAACCUGCGUGCUCCCCUAUGCUCCUUUUGUGAGUGAUUGUGUGAGCAAGUGUGUGUGUGUGCAAAUUCAUGUGGAGGGAAAACGGAGAAAGAUGUACUGUAUUCAUUAUUAUUUGUUGCCUCAUACAGGCGCACUCUGGAUCCUCUGCAUGGUCGUUGAUCGUGUGUUUGUGCGUGUGUGGAUUUAAUGUGUGUACGAAAGAAGGAUCUCUUCCACCCCGUUUCUUCCUUUCUCUGUUUACAUGAUUCUUUUGUGUGUAUCCGUGUUGCUCUUCCUGAAGAGGAUUGUUCGGUUGAUGUAUUGUAAUUCAUGGACCAUCUGUACAGAAGAGUAUUGAAUAUAAAUUUAAUAAGAUCAGCCUAUUUAUUGCCGGCAUUUUGACGUGAUGGCUUUGCCGUACUUUUCUUUUAGUUUUUAUGGUUGUGCUUCACGCUGUGCGGUGUCGUGUACUUUUGCUGUGUGAAUGUGUAAGAGUCAACACUCUGCUGUCCAAUACUUUCAUGUUACUCCAGAAGAAUUAAAACAUGUGGAAAAAAAGAAAAACCUUGUGUGUGUGUGUGUGACCUGAUUGUUUCUGAUGAUGCUGUCAGAGCUGCUGAACUGGUCUCUCUGCAGAUCCCUCAUUCUCCAGCACCCUGCCCUUAAUAUGCUUUCUUC